CACCGCUCCACUCUAUUGCCCAUGUCUGUGCUGCUCCUGCUGUGGUGUCCAGACCCAGCUGAGCACAUUUCACUGUUAAUGACACUGUUAUAUGGCGGAGCGGCCCUUGACAGGGGCGAGCGGGAUACGGCUCAGUCACGGAGCGGACGAUGGACCGGAUCGAUCGAGAUUAUCGGUGAACGAUGAUCAAAGCUGCCGUCAGCUCCAGGACGAGGAAACGCAGACGAAGAAAACAGAGAAUGGAAAAAUAAAUGGAUUUGUAGUUGAGGGAGAGGAGACUCCCACUUCCCUUGACCUAGACAGCUCUCUGCACUCAGCGAGCCACAAUGGUGACAAACUCCUACUAGAAUCCGACUUGAAACCAAAACCCUCUGGACAGCCCUCACACACCGGCCUGAAGGGGGAAAGGAAAGGCAAUAACACUAGUAGAAACAGUAUGGACUGCAAAAAUGACAAGCCCUCAGAGUUGACCGCACACGAGGGCAAAAAGGAGGCCUUGGCAUCUCUAAACGGCUUGGUGACGCUAAACUGUGGGCCACUCACCAAUGGUUAUCCCGGCAAGUCCGGCACGGACAAUGAUGGCAGCGGCUCGGAAAGCGGUUACACCACGCCGAAGAAGCGCCGGGCCCAGAGGAAUGGUAAAUCUUUGGACAAUGUGACUGCUUCAAGCCAGGUCAAGGCCAUGCAGCAGGCCAGUAAGCAAGAACCAGGGUCGGCCACUCUAGAACUGGCCGAGAGAACCUCGGCGGCGCAGGUGGAAAUCGGCCGAGCCUCCUCAAAGACAGACGGCCAUUCCGGUGGCUUGACAAAAACUAGAGAGGCGACCACUACCCCACCUGCGCUACCGACGUCCGAGGUUUAUCGGAAAAGCGCUGGGAAAAAAUUUGAGGAUAAGUCCACUAAAACGAAAGUGGCAGCAUCGGCUAAAGAGGACUCGUGGACUCUGUUCAAGCCACCGCCUGUAUUUCCUGUGGAUAACAGUAGCGCGAAGAUAGUGCCUAAGAUCAGUUAUGCAAGCAAAGUGAAGGAGAACCUCAAUAAGGCAGCCCAGACUGGCACCGAGAUUCCUGCCCCUGCUCCACAGGUACACGGGAGGCCAUCGCAGGUACCCAUGUCGGCUGUGAAAACCAUCACCUCGGCCAGCUUCAGCAAUGGUGACGGCAAUACCUGCCCUCUGCCUGGUCCCCACUUCACCUCGGUCUCCGGUUCCUCCCCCAUGCCAGUCGUCUCCUCAGCAGGCUCUGAUCAUGUAGCAUCUUCCUCCGGCAGUAGCUGCAAUCCCUCCACCUCCACCUCAACCACCACACCCGAACCCAGGAAGCCUAAUCUGUUCGUUUACCCCCUUUCCGCCUCCUCCUCUUCCAAUAUGCAACUUUCUCUCCCCAGCGGCCGUCAGUCCGACCCCCCACCCAAUCAGAAAUCCCUGGGCGACAUCUUCCAAAACCAGUGGGGUUUGUCGUUCAUCAACGAACCCAGCAGCGGCCCGGAAGGUCCGACGUGCGGCUCGACGGCAAAGGACAAAACCGGUGAGGCGAGCUUUCAGGGAGGCUCCACUGCCGUUGUGGAAACACAGACACACAGUGCCCCCCAGAGGCCAGAUCAGUCAGCUUUCCCAGACAAACGGACUAGCACUCAGAGCGUGAGUAAAGGAGGAAACCUCACCCUGUCUGCGGCCAGUGGGGCCAUCGAAGGCUCGCUUCAGUCCUUGAACCCCGAGGUGGAUACGCAAAAGGACGAGCCUGGGGUUUCCGGUGCAAUAGCGUUUUGCUCUUCCUCUAAGGACAUUGGGGCAGAGCUACCGCGCAAGUUGUCUCUGCCCAGAGAGCAAGGCUACACUAAGGGCUUGGAGAGGAGGGCCAGCUGGGACUUUUUUGAUCUUAAAGCUGCUGUAGUAUAUCACACUAAAGAAAUGGAAUAUAUUUUGAAUUUGCAAAAGCAAGAUCCAAAUCGCGUAGUGCUUUACAGUGAAUCUAAGAACGGUCCUGACCAGUGAGGCUCAGUCCGGACACGCCGUCUCCUCAGCCGGACUCCGUUAAGAAAAAGACGCGCUUCAAGAAAGCCCAGCCGCAGCCUCCGACUCGGAACAAAGGCCGCUCUCGAGACGGAGUGUUUAAAGAGGCUGAGGCUGAGUGGAUAAAACGGGUUGGCUGAUAAAGGACAAGAAACCAGGACCUGGAGCCGAGACGCUCUGCCUCUAAAGCAGGACCUGUUUUUUUUUUUUUUUUUUUUUUGUUUGUUUUGUUUGUUUGUUUGUUUGUUUGUUUUUGUUUGUUUUUUUUAGCGAUGUUCACAAAUUCACAAACUUACAAUACAGCUUUUCUUCUAAAAGCAGAGAUGGCAGACGUCGUCCUGCUGGAUGCCUGAGAGGGAGGCAUUUCGGACGCACCGCGCUCUCGUGUCCGAACACACUGAAAUCCUUUUGACAGGCAUGGGGAAACGUCGCCCUCUAGUGACUGGGGGGAGGGGGGUCAAAUCAAAUCAACAAUGAUGAACUGUUCAAUGUUUCAGGGGACACAUUAAAAAACAAAACAAAAAAAAAAAAACACCAUUUAGGUCGAGCUGGCGCUUGCUAAGGCCUUGGGAUAACUGUCUUAAUUUUUGUGAAUGAAUUUGGACGAGUCUUGUUAUCUGCUUUUAUUUUUCUUUUUUUUUUUCCAUUUCACUUAAAACGAAAUGAAAUUCUAAGGUUUCCAGGGUGCACUUAAGCGAGAAUAGACUUGCAAACUGCUGUCUGCAUAGAUCCCGAGGAAGAUCCACUAGUCUUAUGGUCGUCUCGUCACCUUCCACCUUCUCGUCCUGCAGUCGCACCUACGCCAGAGACGAAGCUACAGUCUGACCCUUUUUUUGUUUUCAUUUUAUAUUUCGAGCUUUAGCUGCCAGUGGACGAGUAGAUAAGAUAAGAUGCACCACGAAUGUCAAAAUCGCUUCAUCACCAGUUCUUUCUCUCGGUUUAUUAUUAUUUCCUUAGAGCUUCUCCUCUGUCUCCUUCUCCUUCUUUUCUCGGUCUGUUUCUCUCUGUAUGUAUUUCUUUUGCACAAGGAACAGAAUCUGCUGUUGUGGUGUGAGUUGUUGUUGUUUAUUUUUUUUAGGGCUACAAGGCCACGGUUUAGCAUGACACGGUAAUAUGUUUGAUGCACACGAACAUGCACCAUUUUUUCUUUAUUUCUCAACAAGCACCACUUAUUUUUAUCCUUUUUUUAAAAAUGCAUACACAGUUAAACAGGGCUCUGUUCCUUUAUUCUCUAGCUCAUGGAUUUUCUCGUUUUAAAGCAGGAGUCAGGCGCGAGGUUUUUCUCUACAGCCUGGAGAUGUUUUUUUGUUUAUUCGUUCGUUCGUUUUCUUUAGCGACAGAAAAGCAAAUAUUAAGAUUUAACCUUUUUUUUUCUUUCUUUUUCCAUCUAUUUUAUCUCAUGACAAGAUAAUUGAUUCAUAUAUUAUAUAUAAUGAGUAGCACUUUAUGUAUUUUUAAAAUCGUAUUAUCUUGACAGAACGUCAACAGAUCAGUGCGUAACGGAAACCAUAGUGAUUACGAAUAGGAUACUAAUUUCUAACAACGGACUGGAGGCCCUCGGAAAGGAGAAAAUACUAAAAAAAAAAAAAAAAAAUAAGUAAAAUUGAGGAAUUGUGUUGCAAGGAGAAAUGAAAUGAAAUGUACCAACAGUGUUAUUGCCAAAAAAAGGAAAAAAAAAAGAAAAGGGUGUCCAUGUUUGCUCCGAAUCUCUGUUUCUUUAUUUUUAAUUUUUUUUAAUUUUUUUGGUUCUAUUUAACGAAACUGAUUUUAGACUGUAAUGGAAAGCCAAGUGGAUCAUUUUAGCAUUGUGUUCCGCUCUCUCUCUCUCUCUCUCUCCCUCUCCCCCUCUCUCUCUCUAUCUCUCUCUCUUUCCUUUGUCUAUACAGGGCCAUACACACUGCCAGCUCCAGAAGUGGAAGAAAAAAAAAAAUUCAACAGCACUUUUCCUCUUUUCUUCCCCGAAAACUUUGUCGCCGCUUUCUGUUUCUGAAGCUGGUUCGAGGUUCGGCCCUGGAUUUUUUUUUAUUUUAUUUUUUUUUUAAGUUAUGACACAUUUCACAUCAUCAGCCCGGUCAUUAACACAGACAUCGUCACCAAGAUAACGCUAAAGAUUUGCUUUUUAAAAUCGGUCGCUUUCUUUCUGUCUAUCGUUCUUUCCACUACGAUGCACCUUCGCUACAUUCUCCUCCACUUCCCAACCGCUGCGUUAGCGUGAGUCGGUCCACUCUGAGCAAACCUCGGGUUUACAUCAGAUCACCCUUUGGGUUUGUUCUUGGCUUUUUAUUUUUGUUUUCUUUUUACAUUUUUUUAAUUUUUGGAUCAGAGUAGUACGGAGCCUCUGAAAGGGACCUUUGCAAAGGAAAAAAAAACAAUAAAAUAAAUAAAAAUGUAAAACAUAUGUGCUAAAAGAAAAAAGUCAUUAGAUCAUUUUCUGCUUUUAUGCUUUUUCCUAAAAGAAAAGGACAUGGUAUAAAUUCUUAUUUAGGGAAUUAUUCAGUUUUUUUUAAGGGAAAAAAAAUCAUAAUUACAGCAUGUGCAUGAGAGAUUUAUUUUUAUUUUAUUAUAUUUUAUCACCAGUCUUAUUUUAUUUAAGGAAAUAAAUCAUGAAAAUGGAAAAUUAUCAUGUGCACGUGGAAUAAUUUUCCUUUUUCCACAUGAUUUUUUUUUUUUUUUAAUGGGAAAAAAAAAAGGAAACAAAAUUGAUAAGGUCGUUCUUUAUUAUUUUUUAUUUUCUUUAAGGGAAAGAAAUCUUGUGAAAAUUUAAAACUCUCCUGAAUACAGAAUUAAUAUGUAUGGUUUUUUUUUUCCUUUCUUUUUUUUUUUUUUUUUUAAAAAAGAAUUUUUGUUUUUCAUUGCAAAUGUCCCUUAAGGGGCUCUGUAGAGUAGAGGUGUGCGUAGGACUACUUCUAAAAUAGUCCAUCCCCCCAAAAUUAAUAAUAAUAAUAAUAAUUAUUAUUAUUAUUAUUAUUAUUAUUAUUAUUAUUAUUAUCAGUGACCAUAUUAGUGAUUGGUAUUGAACAGUCCUGGAAGAGCUGAUGGAGGUCCUGAUGCACACCUUGAGCUCAGAGUUAGCCAUGUAGGGUUUUUUUUGUUUUGAUUUCUUCUUUUUAACGAUGAUGAUGAUGAUGAUGAUGAUUAACCCCUGGGACCGUGCCGCACGUCUUCUUUCUUUCUGGACCUUUAUUUUUAAUCUGAGCGCUUCUGGCGUGGAGCCGUUGAACUCGGCGGAUUCACAUGGCAGAACCUCCCGUAUCAGGGGACACGCACACCGAGUCUUCACCCGAUCCGUACGAAGCACUUAUUCCCCAUCGACUCGGGCGCUAGCGGCUGUGUUCACGCGUAGACUCCGUAUCCCGCACACUAACCCCUGAACCCCUCGGUUUCACCUCCUCACGUGUGUAGUGAUGAGUGCGAGAGCAGGGAGAGAUCAAAACUAGACUGUUUCUUCUCUACAUCGGAAACGUUUCUACAUCAAGAGUAUACAUAGGUUUUUUUCUACGACGCGUGUCCCGUUCGUUGUGCCGUUCCGACUGGUGCGUCUGUCUGUCCGUCUGUCUCUGUCUGUCUGUGUGCGCGUCUGUCUGAGCGUCUGAGCAUGUGUAUUCGUCCUCAUCUAACCGCUCGACGAAGCGCAGUGUUGAGAACUUGCUGACUCCUGAGUCCAGACCACGCUGUGAGAAAUAUUACACUGAUCCCUUCAGAACAUGGAGAAAAAAAACAACACUCUCUCUCUUACUCACACCCCCCCCCUCUCACUCACUCUCUCUCUAUCUACCCCCCCACUCUCUAUCCCUCUCACUCUCACUCACUCGCAACACCCCUCACUCUCUCUCUCUUACUCACUCACACCCUCACUCUCUCUCUCUAUCUAUCCCCCUCACUCACUCUCUCUCUCUCUCUCUCUCUCUCUCUCUCUCUCUCUCACUCACACCCCCCCUCACUCUCUCUCCCUCACUCUGUAUCUAUCCCUCUCUCCCCCCCCACUCACUCACUCACUCACUCACUCACACUCCCUGUCUCUCUCUCUCACUCACCCCCCUCUCACUCUCUCCCUCACUCUCUCUUUAUCUGUCUCUCUUUCUCUCACUCUCCCCCCUUCUUGCUCCUUCUCUCCCUCCCUCUAUUUUUCUCUCUCUCUGUCUUCCGCUACCUCUCUCUCUCUCUCUAACACCCCCCCCCCCUCUCUCUCUCUUAUUCCCGGUCUCCAGCAGCGUUUAUUUUGUGCCAUGUUUUGACUGUUAAAAAAGGAAGUCUGGGUGAGCGUCUGGUUUUGCGUGUUGCUCUGUCUGCAUUUCCUCCUGCGGUAAUGAAGAGGAGGGCAGCGUCCCGUUACAGCCAUCUUCAUCACUGCUAAUAAACUCCAUGAAAAUCAGA